CGAAGCUCGCAUUAUUGCCACAGGCCAGUACAAUAAUCCCAAAGCUCUCCUGAUUGCUUACAAUCUCGUACAGUGCAAAGCUUCCGUAGCUGGCUCUCUAGCUCCUCCUGACCUGCCACCGGUCGAUCGGCCAGCUGCAAUGGAAGCCCCGCUCCUCCUCCCGCUCUCCACCGCCGCGUCGUGCUCCUCCUCCUCCGGCAUCACCGUCGACGAUGACACGACGACCACCGUCCUCUCCCCGACCCCAACCCGCUCCUCCCCUUCCGGCCGGAGCAUCCUCGCCCGCUACCUCGCCGUCCUCCUCGUCGCCUCCGUGUCGCUCUUCGCGCACCGCGAGGCAUCCAAGGGCUUCCGCAUCGACGUCGUCGGCGCCGGGACCCAGGGAAGCGGCGUCGCGGCCCGCCGCUUCGACCUCCUCUUCGUCUCCAACGGCCGCGCCGAGCGCGUGCUCCACCGCGCCAGCCGCGCCGUCGAGGAAACGCUCUUCCCGGACCCGUCGUUCCCGCGCCGCCGCGUCACGCGCGUCACCGUGCGGAUGAUGGACGGCGGCAACCUCACCGCCGCCGACGCGACCGUCGACGCCAACGCCGGCGGGGAGUACGUCAUUUCGCUGAGCCCGCGUCUCCUGUCCGGCGCCUCCGGGACUGGCAAGCCCGUGGACGCCGUGGCCGCCGCGGUGCGCCGGGCCGUGGCGCGCAUGUGGCUGUGGGACGCCCGCGGGGCCGCGCCGGCCCGCGUCACGGAGUCCAUGGUGGAGUACCUCGCCAGUGCCAGCGCCGCCGACGUCGAGGCGCUGUCGUCUUCCAAGGAGGCGGAUGGCACGUCCAACACCCAGUGCAUCUCGCCGCGGUUCCUGAAGCACCUGGAGCGGCGACGCGCCGGGUUCGUGGCGCGCCUGAACAGGGCAAUGAGGGACCGGUGGAGCGACGCCGCGGUGGACGCCGCCCUCGGGGCGCCGGCCCGGCCGGUAUGCGCCGCCUACCUCGCCGCCAGCGUGCAACCACCGGUGGUUGGCUCCACGUCGGCCGCUGAUGGAUCCACGGUGGCAGCGGUUUGAGCCAGCCAAAUACAGCGAAUGCACACCCCUUCUUGUAAUUGGUCCAUCAUCAUGUGUGGUGAAUUAAGUAAUGCGAGUUAGCGGUCGCUCUAGUAAUUUAAGUACGCCACUGCCCAGUAUGUAUGUAUGCGUUAGCUAGGUAGUUAAACAGUUUGUUGUUUGUACUACAUGUAAAGAAUAUAUAUAGUGUAGUCUCAAAUGAUCCUGGAAAGCUCGAGAGAAAACAAGAAGACCUCAUGUAGUCAUGUGACCGUUUCUGUAGAUCACUUUCAUCCUGUUCGCGGAUGGUUUAUGUGCCUCCUUUCCUUCGUGAUCCAGUUCCAAACAUUAUACUCUUAUGACCGAGAAUAUAUCUAGUGAUACCACUAAAUGAUACCA